AUGGCCCAGUUUUUGCAGGCGAUCGGCGAGCUCGCGCGCGGGCGGUCCGCGCCGAGCAUCGUCCCCGUCAGGUGCGACGACUCCAUCCCCAGCCUCCCUCCACUCAUCGCUACCGGACGGCGGCUCAUGGUGUCAAUGGAGCCACAAGACUUCACCAGCCUGGAUGUCACCAUCCCCUCGAGCUUCAUCGACCGCGUCAAAGCCGAGUUCCAUGGCGGCGGCCGCUCCAGCUCCAACAUUUGUCGUCGGCCGUGCACCGUGUUCGAGGUGGUGACCGCCGUGUUAUGGCAGUGCUACACCCGUGCCGCCAUCUCGAACCCGGACGUCCCUUCCCUUCUCUGCUUUAUCGCAGAUGUCCGGAAGCAUGUGGCGGCGAAGGACGGCUACUACGGUAACUGUGUCAUCGGGCAGCUGGUCAUAGCGGCGACAAGCGGAGCAGUGGCGAACGGGGACCUCGUCGACCUGAUAGAGAUGAUACAGCAUGCUAAGGACGAGAUACCCAACAAGUUGAGGAGGGAGGAAGAAGAAGACAAAGGUGGAAAUUGCCUACCGUCGACGGGAGUAAAUCUCGAGCAGCUCUGCGACAUGGUCCGGCACAAUAACAACGUUCUCAGCGUUUCGUGCCUGCGGAACAUCGGCCUCGAAGACGUCGACUUCGGCGGUGGGACGCCGGCGAGGGUGACGUGCCUCUCGCCGGUGAUGUCCCUGCCGGCCUGCGUGCCGUGCCUGCCCUGCAAGGGAGGGACGGGGCCAGCGUAUUGGCACGUUGUGUCAAGGAGGAGCAGGUCGACGCCUUCCUUGCAGAAUUGGCAAAAUUCACCUGACAAAGUUUCUUUGCUUUAUGCUUCAGGAUUCAAUUCUGAGAUUGCUACUUUGCUAGCAGCUGGUCAUGUAAUCCAACUAUCUGUGCCUGGUCUUUGA